AUGCAACAGGGAGAGAAAAGGCAUCCAACUGGCAAGAAGCCCGGCUCGAUGAAAAAGAAGAGAAUUGGAGGCUGGCGAGGCGACGACUGUUCCAGCGCCUGCGAUGACAAACACUGGGGGCCAAGUUGCAGUCAGCAGUGCAAGUGUGAGAACGGAGCUCUCUGCGAUCCCGUCAAGGGGACGUGUCAUUGUCUUCCGGGGUUCAUAGGACGCUACUGCGAGGAGUCCUGUCCAGCAGGCACCUUCGGGAAGGGCUGUCUGCAGAGGUGCAAGUGUGGCACCGGAGGGUCCUGCGAUAAAGCAACGGGAGAAUGUUUAUGUCGGGACCAAUUCACUGGGACUUUCUGUGAGAAAGCGUGUCCCAGGAAAUGCCAGGCGCGAUGCCCCUGCCAGAACGGUGGCAUCUGUAAAGGCAAAGGGAUCUGCGAUUGCCCACCUGGAUGGACGGGUGCAGUUUGCACGCAGCGAUGUUCAGAGGGGAGCUUUGGACAAAACUGUGCUGAUGAGUGCGUCUGCCACAACAGGGGCAAGUGUGACCCCGAAACUGGGCAGUGCCAGUGUGCUAAAGGUUUCACUGGUAACAGGUGUAAUGAAGAAUGUGCUGCAGGCACUUAUGGUCAGGACUGUAAAGGAGUGUGUGACUGUGCUAACGGCGCACGCUGCUACAACAUCGAUGGAGGCUGCCUGUGCGAGCCGGGCUUCAGUGGUCCACACUGCAGGGACAGGAUGUGUGCACACGGCAAAUACGGCAUGCACUGUGAACGCACUUGCCUCUGCCAGGACAAACACACACUCAGCUGCCACCCAAUGAAAGGAGAAUGCACAUGCCACCCAGGGUGGGCAGGACUGUUCUGUAACGAGACCUGCGCUCACGGUUUCUACGGUCAUGGCUGCCUGGAGCCGUGUCUGUGUGUGAAUGGAGGGGUGUGUGAUAGUGCCACCGGACAAUGCCAGUGUGCCCCCGGGUAUAAGGGGGCUCACUGUGAGAGUCUGUGUAAAAGUGGCACCUACGGCAAGAACUGCUCCCUGAAGUGCUCCUGUGAAAACUUUGUCGACUGCUCGCCAAUUGACGGGGCUUGCUUCUGCAAAGAGGGCUGGCGUGGCCCGUACUGCUCCACCCCCUGCUCUGAGAGAACCUGGGGCCCAGGAUGCAACGCCACCUGCCAUUGCGCCAACAGGGCAAAAUGUAAUCCUGCAGAUGGAUCCUGCGUCUGCACAGCCGGUUGGCAGGGGGCGCGCUGUGACCAACCGUGCCCGAUGGGCACGUUUGGGCCAGGCUGCCUGAAGAGGUGUGAUUGUGUUCAUGCCGAUUCCUGCCAAGCAACCACCGGGGAGUGCCGCUGUCUGCCAGGUUGGUGGGGUUCUCGCUGCAGUGAGCCAUGUUCAGAGGGCCUGUGGGGGCGCCACUGUAACCAGACCUGUUUCAAGCAUUGCCCCAACAGUGACACGUGCAUGAGGGAAACUGGAGCGUGUGUGUGCCGCCCAGGUUACUGGGGAGUCACCUGUCAGAACAAAUGCAGAGCUGGUAUGUAUGGUGACCAGUGCAGCAUGUCAUGCCCAUCCUGUGGCCAGUCGUACCGCUGCCACCAUGUGACAGGAGAGUGUGACUGCCUACCUGGACACACCGGACCCAACUGUGAUCAAGUUUGUCCAGACGGCUACUACGGCAAACAGUGCGCUGACGUUUGUGUUAACUGUGCAAACAACUCUACGUGCGACCACCGGGAUGGUCACUGUGAAUGUUUGCCCGGCUGGACUGCCACUGACUGCUCCAUACCGUGUAGUUCAGGUCGUUUUGGUUCGUUCUGCACUCAGACCUGCUCCUGUCCGACCAACCUCAUCUGUGACCGACACACGGGAGACUGUGUCUGUGAAAGUGAAGGAGAUGAGUGUAAACAAGAGUCGUCUGUGCAGUCAGGGAGCGUCAUGGUUCCCCUUCCUCCUGGUGAGCGGGAGUCGUGGGGAGCCAUCGGCGGCAUCGUCGUGCUCGUCCUCCUGGUGGUCCUGCUGCUGGCUCUGCUGCUCCUCUACCGCCGCAGGCAGAAGGACAAGCAGAACAACACGCCGACCGUGUCCUUCUCCACCAGCCGCACAGUCAACUCUGAAUACGCCGUUCCAGAUGUUCCUCACAGUUACCACCACUACUACUCCAACCCCAGCUACCACACACUGAGCCAGAACAGGCCUCCACUGCCACACCUCCCCAACAACCACGACCGCACCAUCAAGAACACCAAUAACCAGCUGUUCUGCAGUGUGAAAAACAUGGAGAGGGAGAGGCGGGGCCUGUUUGGGGUUGAGAGCAACGCCACACUUCCUGCAGACUGGAAACACCACGAGCCUCGCAAAGACUCAGGAGCUUUUGGAAUUGAUCGCAGCUACAGCUACAGUGCCAGCCUUGGAAAAUAUUACAACAAAGUGACAGAGCUGAAGGACGCGGUGGCGGUGAGCAGCAGCUCUCUGAACAGCGAAAAUCCUUACGCCACCAUCAAAGAUCUGCCGGGCCUGCCCUUCUGCCCCCAGGAGUGCAGCUACAUGGAGAUGAAGUCAGCCGUGCCCCGAGAGCGAGCGUACACUGAGAUCACUCCGCCACCGUUCAACACGACCACUUUACGCAGAGAGCGCCAGAGUUCCCUCGGUCACGCUCCACACGAGGACCCCCAGAGCCACUACGACCUCCCCGUGAACAGCCACAUCCCGGGACACUACGACCUUCCACCUGUCCGCCGACCCCCCUCCCCCAGGAGAACAACUCAGUGACAGUCACAGCAGCAGAGCAAGUUUCCCCCCUCCUCACUUUAGGGAUGAUUUCAGGUCUGUGCUCACAAAGAAAGGGCAAACACUUUUACGCUCUUGUCUGACGAUCAGAGCUGCAGACCACCCACAGAGCAGCGCCGAGGCAUCCGUCCCACUGAGGAACUAUUGUUUACUGUGGAUGCCCCCCCCCCUACCCCACACUGCCCCUCUGUGGGCGAAAGUGGUACUUGCUUCACCGUGACAGACUUGUCAUCCAGACUGGGGAGCCAGCGGGCUGCGGUGAGGAAGGCUGGACUGUGGCGACGCCAGCGGGGCUUCAGCUUCAUUCACCUCCCACGGGAGAAACGCACCAGAAGACUUCACGGCUAAAAGAAGCAACUUGGGAACGUGUGUGUUUGAAGUCAUCUAAACAUGCUGUAAUUCAAGUUCCCCACACGUCUUGCUUGCUACUGAUCAGCUGGUGUGCAUGUUCAAAAAAAAGCCCCUUUUAUCUUAAUCAUCAAAAACGACUAUGAAGACGUUUUAAGUUUUUAUUUAGCUUUUUUUUGUUAAAUUUUGAUUUAUUACGUUUUGAAAAUCCAAAGUUUUUUGAUCAGGCAGCUUUGGAGGAACUAAUCAUAGCUGGACUUUCUUUUGAUUUGUUCAUUGUUAAAACCUCAACAACCUCAAGAAAAGCAAGGACCUUUUAAAAGAUGUCCUCUGAUACGCGUUUGUUUUGUACAGCAAAGAUACUGCCAGUCUCUCGUCUGAGACACAUUAUUAAACAAUGUUUUUAUUUCUGAUAUUCAGGUUUUAGGAAUCUGGAGAAUUCAGGUUGUUUCAUCAACAAAGUCUUGUUGCCGAGAUGAACAGCAUUUUUAUAGAAACCCACAUCUUCUGUGUCCCCCGUUUAAACAAUGGUGGCUCACUUAUUGCUGCUGUCAGAUGAACACUUUGUAAAUAUAUUGUUAGUCACAGUUAUGUGGAAGAACAGCCCUAUUGUAAGAUGUUUUAAGGGGUUUGUGACCGAAGAGAACACACAUUUGCUCACAAAUAGAUGCCAAAAGUUUGGCGUAAGCACAUACGCUGUUUAUGUUGUGGAAAAAAUAAACCAGCAAACGGGAAAUUACAAGCCAACUCUAAGCAGCAUUAUGAAUGUCAAUAGUGUCCAACAGCAACUGUCGUCUUUGUGGUAUUUAAAGGGCCGGUUCACCCAAAAUACAAAGUCUCAUUUAAGAGUACUCCAAUUUAAAGUUGUCUUGUGUUGCCUCUAAAUAUGUUUAAAUGCUAUGCGUUUGUAUCAAAUGAAGUUAAUUGUUUUAUCAACUAGAUAAUAGAAACCUUGUGUACCAGAAAGAAUGUACAUUGUGCUUUAAAUGCUAUAGUUUUGGGUAGUCGCAGCUUUUUCUACAUAUGGAAAUAUAUUUUUGAAUGUAACCAUGGGAACAUGUGUGUAUAAUGUAAAUAAAAAUGGCUGCACUUCU